GCCACAGGCAGCUGCGCUCUGACGCCAGUGGGGGGUAGCAGGCAGCGCAACUGCCCUGCCCAGUCCCUGGGGGAGAGAGGAGUGUCCUCACCGCCACCCGUCCCGGGGGGGAUGGCGAACUCUGAGCGGACAGACGGACUUCACUGGACAGGACACCGGGGGAGUGAGGUCGCCGCAGGGCCACCAAGCAAGGAACAUUCUGGCAGGGCCUGAGGAAUGCAGGGGGUGGAGGCCAGGCCUGGCCCAGAGGCUGAAGCCAGCGGCCAGCAGCAGAGCCAGGGGUCCCGGGCUCUCAGAGGGUAGGGGGGAAGCCGGGCCAAGAGCCAGCAGGAGAGGGGGGAUCCAGCCAUGUCCCAGCCUGAGGGACACAGGAGGAGGCCGGGGCCCCUGGGGCCUCCCGUGCGCAGCAUCCGCCCCUUCAAGUCCAGUGAGCAGUACCUGGAGGCCAUGAAGGAAGACCUGGCCGAGUGGCUUCGGAAUCUCUACGGGCUAGACAUCGACGCAGCCAACUUCCUGCAGGUGCUGGAGACGGGCCUGGUGUUGUGCCGGCACGCCAAUGCCAUCACCGAGGCUGCGCUGGCCUUCCUGGCUCAGGCCCCCGCCCUAGCCCAAAGACUUGUCGUGCCCCGGGCGGGGGUUGCCUGCAACGGGGCCGCCCAGCCGGGCACCUUCCAGGCCAGGGACAACGUCUCCAACUUCAUCCAGUGGUGUCGCAAGGAGAUGGGCAUCCAAGAGGUGCUGAUGUUCGAGACGGAGGACCUGGUGCUGCGCAAGAACGUGAAGAGCGUGGUGCUGUGUCUGCUGGAGCUGGGCCGCCGCGCCUGGCGCUUCGGCGUGGCCGCGCCCACCCUCGUGCAGCUGGAGGAGGAGAUCGACGAGGAGUUGCGGCGCGAGCUGGCGCUGCCCCCUGCCGACCCGCCGCGGCCCGCGCCUCCCGCGCGCCGGCCCUGCCACUUCCGCAACUUGGAUCACGUGGUGCAGAGCCUGGUGAGCCGCUGCACGUGCCCAGUGCAGUUCUCCAUGGUCAAGGUAUCUGAGGGCAGGUACCGCGUGGGGGACUCCAACACUCUCAUCUUCAUCCGGAUCCUGCGGGACCACGUGAUGGUGCGUGUUGGGGGCGGCUGGGACACGCUCGGCCAUUAUCUGGACAAACACGACCCCUGCCGGUGCACCUCCCUCUCCCACAAGCCAGGCAGCUUCCUGAAGCCCCCAGGCCCACCGGUGCAGCACGAAGUGAGGGUGCAGGACGGACCCUCGCAGCCCCAGCCUACGAUGACCAUCAGUCGCUCCCAGAGCCCGCUGCCCCCCGUGGACUGGAAGACGUACACAGCUGCAGGCCGAAAGCUGAGGCCCCCAGCCUCUUCCUCCCCCAGAGCCUGCAGUGAACAAGGAGCAGUGGCAGGGGUCCUCCGCGAGAUGGCGCCAUUCCUGAGGUCCCAGGAGAGGUCACUCACCCCGUCUCAGAGGCAGCUGCCAGCUGGGGAUGGCUCACUAAGUCCCCAAUCUUUGCCCACCCCUAGUGGCCAAGACCCACAGCGCACCUCAUCAGGGAAGAGAGAGCACAGAUGCUCCCCCUCACUCUCCAGAGGAAGGACUCCCACAGCUUGGAUUCAUGAGGAGACAGACGGCCGGGGAGCCCACACCAGGGCCCCCACGCCCCAGAGACUCCGAGUCCCUGAGGCCACCACCAAAGGGACAUCAGCGAGAGGACCUUCUCCCCUGCCUCGUCCCUGUAGCUCAGCCCAGCCCCUGGGCCUCAGGCUGCCCCUCCAAGGAGAGGCGGAGGGUGCUUCCCUGUCCAUCAGGGAGCCCGCACCCAUCCACACCCCAUCUCCUGUUAAAGGAUUCACCAGGAUCCCCAUUCGGCUGCCCCUAGCCCGCCCCCCCACACCAGGUACCACAAGUGGAGGUCCCACUGCAAAGCCAGAGAAAGGCCCUUUCCUGUUAGGGGCUGUCACAGGAGACCUGGCUGGGUCCAGACAUGGGGACGGCUGUGUCGCAAUGAACCAGGGGGAGCAGAAGCCACACACCCGGCUCACCUCAAAGGCUGAAGAACCACGGGGACUGGGUCUUCAGGAGCAGGACGGGAGGCUCACUCCCCGGCCCCUGGGCAGCACCAAGGAGCAGCCCGUCUACCAUAGCCUCGAAGAGGAGAUUUUGACCAACAUGAAGCUUCUAGAGGUGGGGGCUGCCCAUCCUCAGGGCACAGGACCUCAGGGCAUCCCUCGCAGUGGAGUCUAUGUCCCCAGCCUGGGUGCGCGGUGGCCUGAGACUGCCAGCCUUUAUGACAAAGUCAUUCAAGAACUGGCUCAGAGCCCCCCACCUCUCCUGAAAGUAGACUUGGGAGCCUGGAAGGCAGCCCCAACUGGCUCCCCUAAGCCAGCUGCUACCACAAGCCCAGGAAGCCCCAAAGGGAAGCUGGGAGCGAGAGCAAAGCCAGGCGUCUGUGCCAAGGGCGCCAGGAUGGGGAAGGGCCUGCCUCACAGAGGGCAAGGCUACUCAGGGCCUACUGUGUCUGCCAGCCCGGACCUGGCCACUGCGUCACCCGUGGACGCCAGUGCUGACAAGGCCAAGACACACCUGGGCACGAAGAAGAGCAAGAGAACACUCCGGAAGCCCCAGAGGAUCCCAUCCAUCUACAAGCUGAAGCUGAGGCCCAGGAUCCGGCCCCGGAGAGACCACAGGCCUGAAAAACGGCCAUCACGAAUCCCCAAGCCCCUGGCCUACCUCUGCCUGGGUCCAGCCAGGCCACCCCCCAGGGGCAGGCUGCCGAGAGCAGCACUGGGCAGCAAGGGAGGGCAGAUGCCCCUGGUGGAUGGGGCUUUGGCAGAUGAGGAGGGGGAAGAAAAUGAGAGGAGGGAGCCAGCCGCCCUAGGGAAGAGCGACCCCCAGCCUUCAGAGGGCCAGCAGCCUCCACAGCCCCCUUUGGCCCCACCCCUGCUUGAGGAGGAAUCCUGGGUCUGAGCGGCCUGCGGGUUGGGAGGAAGGGAACAGCAAAGCAGCCUGUGUGUUCAUGGGAGAGGCAGCUGCAGGAGCAGGAGGGAAAUCUCACCUCAGUGCAGGACCUAGGCCAGGAGGGAACCAGAAGACAGACAAACACAGGCUCCCAUGUGCUCAGUCAGGCUCAGGGGCCACCCGUCACUGCAUCUGACUCAGGUUAGGCCAGGGGCAGUGGGGCUACCCUGUAUCUUACCACCCUUCCCCAUGACAGCUUGCCAAACUCCUGGCCUCUGGCCAUGCCCACCUGUUUGCACAGAUUCUGUACCUUACAUGCAUACAGGCCUGUCCUGGAGCCCCUCCCUCCAAGACUGUGCUGGUGCAGGGAGGCGUGGCUUCAAGUGUUCUCCCACUGGAGGGGAGGAGCCGAGGGGAGAGGAAGCCUCUCUUGAGCCACCAUGCCAAUCAUCCUCAAAUGGCAGGUGGGUCGGGGUCAGCACCAUGGACAGGGCCACAGGCUGCCCAAGGACAUCCCAGCUUGGUCCUGAGCUCACUCAUGGCAGGGGGUGUUCCUGCCAUGAGUGUUAUAGCCAAAAGUUAUGGCUGAAAGGCCAGGGAGGGAGAAGCAGCAGAGGACAGCCUACAACUGAGUCCUGUUAUGACAGUUUCCAGAGAGUGGCAGGGGAGCGGGAUGCUUCCCAUCCAGAUCACUGUAGCUGGGAGAACUGAGUUAGGUGGAAAGGACACAAGUGUCACUCCUUCCCCUGAUCCCUCAGACCUUGGGACCCUCAACCCCCUUCCACCAAGCCCUGAAGGCCCCUCCCCUCCCACUGUGAGGAAUGGAGCAGACACCUUGGUACAGAAACGAGGGAAAACACUCCCUGAUUUUUAAUCCGACUUCCAAUAACAUUUCAAUGGGUGUCACACGCACUUCCAGACCCUGUGGGCAAGUGGAGAGGACAGAGACUCAGCAUGGGGGGUGGAGGGACCUGAAAUCGGACCUAGGGUGGAGAGGAGGGGCGAGGGGGGCCUCUCAGGGGAGGCUUUCCAGUGGCUCCCACAGGGGGCGGCCAGAGGCCUGGGGCCCCCACCUCUACCUCAGGUGCCUUAGAGUUGGGGGUCGUGGGGCAUGUGAGAUGCUGCCACCCCUCACCCCAUGCCCCCUGGUGAACUGGGGGGCAGGGGUGCAGGCACAAUGGGGGGCAGGCCCUCUUUCUUACCCUCCCAGCCACGCGGAAGUGUGGGGAAGGGGAGCCCUGCCUCUGCUUCAGAGGGAGGCUCGGAGAGAGCAGGCCACUGCCCAGUGUCGAACGGCACAGCAGGGACUAGAACCCAGGGGCACUGGACGGCCCACGGUCAGGGCGGUCACUGCAGGACUGUGCUACCCCCAGUGGGUGGAGGGAGUGGGGCUGGGCUGGGGAAGCAGGAACAGAGUCACAGAUUCCCUCCCACCCUGGAUCGCAAUGACCAAUUUCCACCCGUGACCCUCCCGACUCCCUGCCAUCACCAUCCCGGGCGACAGGAUCUUGGUGGCAGUGCCCCCCCACAGCCUCAGCGAGGCU